AUGUUGAUCUACGACAACUCCGAUGAACGAAUACUUUAUGAUACAACUUUUCCUGGGUUCAGCCCUUUUGGCCAUCCAGUAAUGAUUGCCCCAACCACACCAAUAACCACCAUUCCUACUUAUGAACCCCCCAUUCCUACACAAUUCAGCCCAUCAGUAUACCUUGGCAACACCAAUGUCCUCAGCAACCCUGAGUUCUUCAACCUUCAUCGCGACAUCAAGGUCAUCAUCACUUGCAUGUCUUCGACCAAGAUCAACGGUUAUUUCCUCAAAAACCGCAACUCUCAGUUCAAUCCUCCUGAUUACUGUGUUUUGAAUAUCGAUCCAACCUUCAAAGGAGCAAAUCACCAUGUUUUCAGCGAUCCGAAAUCGAAAACCAAUUCACAAAUUCUCAAGUUCAUCUCAAAAUAUGGAUCGACACUAAAUGCCAUGCUCGCCUCAAAUAGCAAUAACAGUCAAUCAAUAGAUAUCACCUCCCCAAUGAUAAUCAUGAAGGAUAAGCCUUCGCUUGUGGAAGAUAUCGUCAACUUUAUGACUAUUGUCCAGGAUAGUUUCCCCCUGGCUGGGAUAUUGAUAGUCUACGACGAUGACUCAGAGAGGGACCAACGUUACUCUAUUUUACUUUCUGUUGCUUACAUUAUCAGUAAAAACCACCAUUUGAAUGUUUUGGAUGCCAUGCUACUAUUGAAAAGCUAUACUUCUAUAGUCGAUGAGCUUUCGUUGAAUCAGCGAAACUUCUUCAACGUAUUGAAUGAAUAUAGAUUAAAAAUAGUUGCCAGUAACAGAUUUCACCACUCUGAUGGUAGACACGCUCAUAAGAGACUGUCAUCGAAAAGAACUUCACACUUCUUGAACAAUCCGCCCCCCGAAAAACGAGUGAAAGAAGAAAUAUAA